AGCCUGGCCCGGCCCCGGCAGGGCCCCUCGGCCACCCGGGCACGGCUGCGGGGCCACCGGUGAGCAGCUCCUUCCCCGCGGGCUCCACCGCCCCGGGAGGGCGGGACGCGGGGAGGGGACGGGCGAGGCGAGCCCCCCCGCCCGGCUAUAAAGGCGGCGGCGGCCCCGGAGCGCUGCGGUCCCCCCGGCACGAUGCGCGCUGCCCGCUGGCUGGGGCUGGUGCUGCUCUGCCUCUGCCGCCCCGCCGAGCCCUGGUACAAGCCGGCGGCCGGGCCCCACCACUACUCGGUGGGCAGAGCCUCGGGGCUGCUCUCUGGCCUCCGCCACUCGCCGCACGCCCGCCGCUCCGGCACUGACGGCACCGCCGAGCCCAGCUCCGGUGUGCUGCCGCCCGGCUCUGCCCGCCCGCCUGCCCGGCUCCACGCUGCGGUGCCGUGCGUGACGGAUGUCGCCCCCGAGCCGCGGAGCUGCAGGGUGCUGCCUGGAGCCCCCGGUGCUCUCCUGUGCAAGGCGGACGUGACUGUGUCCUUGGACCCCCUGGAGUGUGCGGGUGCCUGAGCCGGCACCGGUGGCUCUGCAGUGACAAUAAAUGUGCUUGG